UCCUACAGUUACAGGACAGCCAGUCAGUAGAGCACAGACACCGACCAAAGUACAUAAAGUGCACAAGCACUCCCUAGAAACAAUCUAGGAUUAGGUAAAAUCCCAGACAAGUUCACGUACUGCUCUGCCUGGUUACAGAAUGUGUCAUGUUUCCCUGUAUUUAAUUUCCUUAUUGAUAUUGUUUCAGUGGUGUGAACUUACAUGCGUUUGACAGAAGCUGAAAAACAAGCGGUGCAAAACUUUGGGAUUUGCAUUGAUUUAACAUAUUUAACCUGGAGAUAAAAGCCCUUGAGAGGAAUCGUCGUGUUUACAAGAGUGUCCUGGGAUGCUUUGAGGAGUCACACACAGGACUGUAACAUCACAGUGAUCCACACCGAGAGAGUAGACUCCUGUACAGUAAAUGGAAUUACUCGAAUUGGUUUACUGGACGUCAGAUACAGAAGUGUUCGUUUUGAGAGGUUUACUUGGACCCCCUGGCACGAUCAAGCUCACUCUGUGUGAUGACUAGAAACUGCACAAACAGCACAAAUUCAGCCUCUGGCUGUGAUAUUUCUACACAAAACGAACAAAACAAUGUUUGUGAGAGCUCCACGAAACAGAGCCCUUGUUCCGCGGGACAACUUUUUAAGAGGACUGGUCAAAGUACAUUGUAUAUUACUAUUGGUAUUUGUUCCAAAAAUAAAUGCUUGUGACGAAGCAGAAUAUAAUAUAAAUGGACAGUGCUGCCCAAUGUGCCAAGCAGGAAUGCGGGUUUAUCGUCAUUGUACUGCGGACUCCAGCACAUCAUGCAUCCCCUGUAUGGAUUCCACCUAUACUGAGCAACCAAAUGGUUUAGACCGUUGUCGGGAUUGUAAACUAUGUGACUCGGAAUUGGGGUUGACAGUAGCCCGGUAUUGCACAGUUUCCUCAGAUACUAUCUGCACAUGUAUUGAUGGCUUUCACUGUUUGGAUUCAUCAUCCUCUGGAUGCAAAACCUGCCAAAAACACAGAAGCUGUUCUCCAGGACAAUAUAUCAAAAAGAAAGGGUCCAGUAUUGCAGACACAGAAUGUGAGGACUGUCCUGAUAAGACAUAUUCAGAUGGCUCAUUAGAAACGUGUGCACCACAUACUGAUUGUCAAUCUGAGGGACUAGCAAAGCCAGGAACCCCUGCCUCGGACGCUGAGUGCAAACAGCCGUCUGCUGACACUGCAGUCAUAGCUGGGACCAUUGUUGGAGCAGUAAUAGGUGUAAUAGCACUAAUAGGAGCAUUGGCACUAAUACGAGCAUUGGUUUACAAACGCAUGAACAAAAAUAAAGGUGAUAACAUGAAAACAGGAAAAGGAAAGGGAACAUACACAUCUGUGAAUAUGACCAAUGGUACAGACAGUGGAGCUGUAAGUACUGAAAACACACCUGGACGAGGAACUUCAUCCCAGGAAUCAUCUUCUGAUAACGCUGUGGGCAGCACCAUUGCAAGGCAAACUAAUGAGCAGCUCACGAACCCGGAACUCACAAAUAACAUCUACUGCUCAGACACACAGCAACAACAGCAAUGUGGAUACACCGACGUAAGAAGAGAUUCGGGAACGUGCAGCCAGACAAGUUCAGGAGCAGUGGAAUGACCACUUGGAUCGCUUUCCCUGUUUUUGUUCUAAAGACAUGUUUCUAAUAGCAACUCAUCUGUGGAUGACCCCCUGCAGCAUUAACACAGUGACCAGCCUGGACUCUACAGGAUGUGGCAUCAUGGACCAGUCAUAUCUUCACAUACAGUCAGGAUGAGAUGAAGCUGUUGAGUUGUGUGUUGAAGUUGUAUCUAGAUGUCAUGGCAGAUGCAGUUGACUGGGAGUCACACAGCAGCAUCACUAGUGACUGAUAAAUAAGUGUAAGGGUAGCGUCACGGCCCAAGCUGUUACCAGCAGGAAGGAGACUCCGAGUCAAGAAGCUGCAGUUUGAAGUGUAAAGCACACAUUUAUUAAACAUAAAAACAGAAAAAUUUAAAAAAGAUUUAACCUCAUCCCUGCCAGUCUUACACUCAUUUACAUAAGCAGGGCUUUUGUCUUGCCACAUUCUGUAAGGACAUGUAUUAAUGGGUUUCAUAUGUUUCAAAAGCUGUUCUGUCUACAUCGAUCAUCCUGAACUAUUAAGCACUCAAGAGAAAAACUAAAAGAAAUUUAAUGACAUGUUUUGACUGGAAGUCUCCUAACACCAAAUGUUUGUCAUUGAAUUUUAAAAUGUGUACCUUAUGAUUCCAAUCAUUAAGAACUGGUUUCUUUAAAAAAAAAAAAAAAAAAAGUUUGUCACAUUAAUUAUUGUGUGUUGCCAAUUAUUAAUUAAAGGUGUUAUUUUGUUUAAUUUUA